GGGCUGGAAUCUCAGCCAGAGCAGCCUGCGCAUGAAUGGGGACCUGCUGUCACUGUGUGCUCGAACUGCUUCUGACAUCUUCACUCUCCAAAGAGUGACUGAAGGGAAGUGGGGGAGAGGGAGGGGAGAGUUGUGUGAGGCUUUUGUUUGGAGGAGUUGCAGUUUAUGAUUUUUCUGGGAUUUUUUUUUUUCACAGAUGUUGCAGUUGGAUGCUGCAAGCUCUCAGGCUCCUCAGCCCCGUCCCCGGCUCUCCACGCAGCAUCGGGGCUGCGCUCGCUGAAGAUGGAAACGCUGGAGUCGGAGCUGACCUGCCCAAUCUGCCUGGAGCUCUUCGAGGACCCGCUGCUGCUGCCCUGCGCCCACAGCCUGUGCUUCAGCUGCGCGCACCGCAUCCUGCUGUCCAGCUGCGCCGGGGACGGCCUGGAGCCCGCGCCCGCCUUCCAGUGCCCCACCUCCUGCCGCCAUGCCAUCCCCCUCAGCCCGCGCGGCCUGGACGGGCUGCGCCGCAAUGUGACCCUGCAGAACAUCAUCGACCGCUUCCAGAAGGCGUCGCUGAGCGGGCCCGGCUCCCCCAGCGAGAGCCGGCGGCCCGCGGCCCCCCCCCCCCCCCCCCCCCCCCCCCCCGAGCGCGUCCCCUGCCAGUUCUGCGAGCAGGAGCCGCCCCGCGACGCCGUCAAGACCUGCGUGACCUGCGAGGUGUCCUACUGCGAGCGCUGCCUGCGCGCCACGCACCCCAACAAGAAACCCUUCACCGGGCACCGGCUGCUCCCCCCCCCCCCCGACGCGCAGCUGCGCGGCCUGGCCUGCCUGGAGCACGAGGGCGAGCGCGUCAGCAUGUACUGCCUCAGCGACGAGCAGCUCAUCUGCGCCCUCUGCAAGCUCGUGGGCCGCCACCGCGAGCACCAGGUGGCCUCGCUCAGCGAGCGCUUCGACAAGCUCAAGCAAACCCUGGAGACGAAUCUCACCAACCUGGUCAAACGCAACAGCGAGCUGGAGAGCCAGAUGGCCAAGCUGAUCCAGAUCUGCCAGCAGGUGGAGGUGAACACAGCCAUGCACGAGGCCAAGCUGAUGGAGGAGUGUGACGAGCUGAUGGAGAUCAUCCGCCAGCGCAAGCAGGUCAUCGCUGUCAAGAUCAAGGAGACCAAGGUGAUGAAGCUGCGCAAGCUGGCCCAGCAGGUCGCCAACUGCCGGCAGGGUUUAUGGGUGCAGCUGCUUUCCUGGCAGCUGCCCCCAUCCCUGCGUCUCCCUCGUGCACCCUGGUGUGUUCUGAUGCUCCCUCCUUUUCCUUCCAGGGUCGCCAUGGCAACUGCAUCCUCUCAAGUCCUGAUACCAGAUAUCAAUUUUAAUGAUGCCUUUGAAAACUUUGCUCUGGAUUUUUCCAGAGAGAAGAAGCUGCUGGAGGGGCUGGAUUAUCUGACAGCGCCCAACCCGCCCGCGGUGCGCGAGGAGCUGUGCACGGCCUCCCACGACACCAUCACCGUGCACUGGAUCUCCGAGGACGAGUUCAGCGUCAGCUCCUACGAGCUCCAGUACACCAUCUUCACUGGCCAGGCCAACUUCAUCAGCCUCUACAACUCCAUGGACAGCUGGAUGAUCGUGCCCAACAUCAAGCAGAACCACUACACGGUGCACGGGCUGCAGAGCGGCACCCGCUACAUCUUCCUGGUGAAAGCCAUCAACCAGGCUGGCAGCAGGAACAGCGAGCCCGCCCGCCUCAAGACCAACAGCCAGCCCUUCAAGCUGGACCCCAAGCUGGCCCACAAGAAGCUGAAGAUCUCCAACGACGGGCUGCAGAUGGAGAAGGACGAGAGCUCUCUGAAGAAGAGCCACACGCCCGAGCGGUUCAGCGGCACCGGCUGCUACGGCGCCGCCGGCAACGUCUUCAUCGACAGCGGCUGCCACUACUGGGAGGUGGUGCUGGGCUCCUCCACCUGGUACGCCAUCGGCGUGGCAUACAAGUCGGCGCCCAGGAACGAGUGGGUGGGCAGGAACUCGUCCUCGUGGGUGUUCUGCCGCUGCAGCAGCAGCUUCGUGGCGCGGCACAACAGCAAGGAGCAGCAGCUGGAGGCGCCGGCGCAGCUGAAGCGCCUGGGCGUGCUGCUGGACUACGACAACAACGCGCUCUCCUUCUACGAGCCGGCCGGCGGCCUGCACCUGCACACCUUCCAGGUGCCCUUCCUGCUGCCCGUCUGCCCCACCUUCACCCUCGGCAACAAGUCCCUGGUGAUCCUCUCGGGGCUGCCCGCCCCCGACUUCAUCGAGUUCCCCGAGCAGCAGGAGCGCCACUGCCGCCCCCACGAGUCGCCCUACGUGUCAGCGGGGAAGGCCUGUCACUAGGGCGGGGUGACAGCCUGGGUGGCACCUGGCACUAGGGCACGGGGUGGCACCUGGCACUAGGGCACGGGGUGCCCUGGGUGACACCUGGCACUUGGGGGGGAA